AUGCGGCUUCCUAUCCUCCUGGGUUUCCAGGCAGCCCUCGCGCUGUUCAGCGUGACAGAAGCCAGGAACGAUGCGGACGAGUUUCUGGAGCGAGCAAUCAAACUCAUGGAGGAUACUCCACUGCUAGACACGCAUAUCGAUCUACCUCAGAUCGUGAGAAGUCUAUACCGCAAGCCGCUCGACGGCCUCGCGAAGCUCAAUAGCACCUUCCCCGGACACGUUGACAUCCCACGGAUGCGCGAGGGCCGACUGGGCGGUGCCUUCUGGACGGUAUGGGCGCCAUGCUACGACGUGACGGGCGACGACCCGGGCGCCGACUUCCUCAACCCGACCGACCACCUACGCGACGCGCUCGAGAUGCUCGACAUCAUCCAAAACAUGAUCUCGCUGCACUCGAAUGACCUGCAGUACGCGCGCAGUUCCGAUGAUGUGUGGGCAGCGUUCCGCGCCGGCAAGAUCGCGUCGCUCAUCGGCAUGGAGGGCACGCACAUCCUUGGCAAUUCGCUAGGCGCGCUACGCAUCUUCGCGCAGCUGGGCGUGCGAUACUUGACGCUGACGCAUACGUGCCACAGUGCGUUUGCGUCGAGUUGUGGACCCGGCACGCCGGUUCCGCAGGCUCACGAGGGCAAUGCGUUAAGUGAGCUGGGCGUCGAGCUCGUCAGGGAACUCAACCGUGAAGGCAUCAUGGUCGAUCUGGCCCACACGACCAUCGAGACGAUGAAACAGGCAAUCGCGCUAUCCGAGGCGCCCGUCGUGUGGACGCACGCGGGCGCGCGUGCACUGUGGGAUCAUCCGCGCAACGUGCCAGACGAGGUUUUAGCCCUGAUUGGUGACGGACCUGGUCAGAAGGACGGCGUCGUACAGUCGAUUUUCUUCCCAACCUUCAUUGGACCGUAUCCAGGCUCGAAUGUCUCGCAUGUCGCGGACCAUAUCGAGUAUAUCGCAGCUAAGAUUGGAAAGAAUCGUGUCGGUAUUGCAUCGGAUUUCGAUGGCAUGUACCUUACCGUGGAUGGGCUGGAGGAUGCAACGAAAUAUCCGAAUAUCGUCGCAGAACUCCUGAGCCGAGGCUGGACAGAUGACGAGAUACGGGGUGCUCUUGGAGGGAACCUUAUGCGGAUCAUGGACGCAGUCGACGCGGUGAGUGCACGGUUGAAGAAGGAGCGAUUGCCGUCGUCUGCCAUCUGGGAGAAACGGACAGAUCUCCCCUCCACGAAGUGGGGAGGCGGGGGUCAGCACAACGUCUACUGGCCGCCGGACGUCAAGGCUGCGGUCGAGAAGAUGUAUAUUCGCCAUGAUGAAUUGUGA